AUGCCGGCCAAACGAGGCGGAAGACGAGGGGGUAGACGAGGCGGAGGCCGUGGAGGCCACAAUGGCCGCGGCGGCAGAGGGGCUCGCGCUGGUCGAGGAGGACGGGACGGCGGCUUUCUGCGAGGUGGUGGCGAAUCAUCGGGACCGAGAUCGAAGCCGAAACAACGAAAUUUCAACAAACGAGGAAGGUAUGGUAUCCCCGAUGAUGUACCGAUGUUGAUGGAUUUAUCAGAACCGAAACCCAACACGUUUGCUUACUUUGGCCGUCGUCAAGUUCAAGAGGACGCCAAAUCGAAAGGUCCUCUACGAAACCGCCCGGUGGAAUUCAUCAGGGCCAAGGAAGUGUAUGACCCUAACAGAGAGUUAUUUCAUAAGCUCACCAGUGUAGAGCUUGUGGACCCUGAUUCUGUGGAGAUUCAUAACCUUAGUAUCGAACCUACCCCAGAACAGGGCCCUACGCCUGACGAGGUCAGUGUCGAUGAAGACAUUCCCGUCGAGUCUGUUGAAGAUGAGUCUGAAGAAGUGGACGAAGAGAUGGCAGAAGAGGAAGUGGAAAUACUAUCCAACGAGGAGUCCGAUGAAGAGGAUGAAGAAUUGGUUGAGGAAGAGAGAGAAAUCAUCAGCAUCGACGAGUCAGAGGAAGAGCACGACAAAUUGGUGGAGGGGCAUAUGGAAAUAACAGCCAAUGAUGAUGCUGACACAGAGGAAAGCGAAGGCGAGGCGGAAGUUGAAGAGGAAAAAAACGAGAAAGAAGAUGAGGAGGAAGAUGAGGACGAUGAUGACAACAAAGACGACGAUGCAUUUGAUUUAGUUUUUGACAACGAACCCGACAUGUAUAUCGCGACACAUAUGCCCAAGCGAUUUGCUGCUCAACAAGAACUUGGCCCCAAUAUCGAACACAAUCUGACAUUAACUAUCGGUAAGGUCCAGCUAGAUACUAGCUAUGACGACGAUGGUAACCUCUAUGUUGAUACUCGUCAGUUGAAGCGCUCGCAACGGGCUCGCGGGAUGAAGCUCGAUAAUCUCAACUUCGAGAAGAUGGCACCGAAACAUUAUAAGUUUGAGACCUCAUCCGAAGAUGAUGAUGACGAUGACGACGAUGACGACUAUGACGGUGAAGAUGUGGUGAGGUUUGCGGAAGAGAUCAUCGUUCAAGGAGAGGCAAACUUCAGACCGAAGAAAAAGGCACAGUCAUCUACUACCUCGGAAACUGAUGCCACCCCAGAGUACGGAUUUUUACCUGAGGACUUUGAUUUUGAUGUGGGACGGGUCUCGAUUGAUAACGUCCGCUUUGGCAUCUCUAAUCUGUACCAUGUUCGCAACUGUGAUCUCUGUGGCGAUGACACUACAUAUGCCUGGGUGGAGGAAGAAGAGCUUCACGAAUACCUUGUUGCCAAUGGUGUCAAGCCUCAUCGUCUCGAUGCUUUUAUGAAGUACGCUUGUGGCGAUCUUUUGUCUCAGGAAUAUGAAGAGCAACCUAACUAUAGUGAUGUUUAUAUUCUGGAGACUCUGGAAGAAGAUGAUGAGGAUGACGAUGAUGAGGAAGAGGACAGCGAUGAUGAGGAACAGGAGGGGGAGAAUAUCGAUAUGCUAUUGGCUCUUGCUGGUUCCAAGCUGUUCCGAGACCAGGACUUUGUUCCCAUUGAGGGGUCAUCUAAAACUCGAGGCACAGGACGGAAAAAGCAGCUCAACUUGGACGAAUAUGACAUCGAUACUGAGUUGAUGGAAGCGCUCCAAGAACAGUACCGGGCUCGCCGUGAAGGUAAAAAGCGUCGCAAGGAGCAGCAGCUCGCUGAUGCAAUCUUGAACCACGAUAUGCUCAUCAAGUACGCCUACUCGAUGCACAUUAAAGAGAUCAAAAGCGAAUUCGAAGACUUGCUUCGCGACGACGAGCGCGAAACCAUGCUGUUCCCACCCUUAGACCCUCAUGGCAACAAAACGAUUGUCAAAUUGGCGGGACUCUAUAACAUGAAGUCACUGAGGUGUGGCAAAACGCACCAAUACAUCAAGGUUUCCAAGGGCAAAAACACCUAUACUAGCUACCCCAGCUACGAUUUGAUUAAUCGUGUGCUUCGCCAACGGCCUCGGUUCCCUCGACGUGACGUUAAGGAGCCUCGUGGUCCUGGUAAGGGCGAGGGCAAAGGCGGUAAAGGUCCGCGUGGGGAGGCGGGUCCUGGGCCCCACGUCCGCGAAGGUGAUAUCGUUGGUGAGCAAGCUCCCGAGAUUGGUCAGGAGAACAUUGGUCGCCGGCUUUUGGAGAAGUUGGGGUGGAAGUAUGGUGAGGGUCUAGGGAUGAACAACAAGGGGAUCAACCAACCGGUAGUGGCCCGAGUGAAAAAGUCUAAGCUUGGUUUGAAGACGCAAUAA